UUUUGUUAAGAAUCUUUCAUAACUUCCAUCCUCCCAUUAAUCCAUUUUAAAUUAUAUUUUUUAUUCAAAUAACUUAAUUUAUAUCAAAUUUAUACAUACCAAAAUGUCGUCGAAACAGCCAGCUCAGUCUACCAUGGUGGGUGGUCAACGCGUUUCCACAAGGAGGAGAACUACCAGUGAAUCUACUGGUACUAGGACUAAUCUCCCUCCAAACUCUGGUUUCCAAAAAUACUAUGGAUUAACCAGUACCGGACUUGAAAUGAGCCAACAGUCAGUGCUUCUACUGGCUUUGAUUUACAUGGGAGUUGUGGUAGUAAUGCACAUCGUAUCAAGAAUCAACCUUGUUUACAAGGGCUAAUUUAAUUCUUUUGUCCUCUUAAUAAAAUUGACUUUAUUGAUUAACUUUUGACCUGUUGGGAUUUUUCUCAAUUUUUACAUCAUUUUAAUAUACAUACUCCAACCA